UUCGGAAGCCAAGGUUCCAUCUUCCCUCGUCGGCGAGUUAUCCAUAAGGGCGAAGCCACGCCUGUUAUGGGGCGUUGCCACCCAAGACCCCGCCUCUCGCUCUUGCAGAGGCCAGUCCUCCAGACGCGUCCUUUCCCCUGCCCAAGAGGGGUGGGGAGGGGGGAUCACCAUGGGCAGCAAGAUGGCGGCUGCCAGUCGGGUCGUUCAGGUAGUCAAGCCACAUAUGCCCUUAAUUAAGUUUCCAGACAGAAAAAGUACUCCCAAACCUACAAUGCAGGAGCCUCUACAGUCAAGAGUGCCUCCACUCCAUCCUUCCACUUCACAACUGUCUGUAGGGGCUGGGCCACCAUCCAGUCAACGUAUUUCAUCCACUAGUAGAGUACAAGGCACACCAGACACUUCAGAAUUAGUAAGAACUUUACCUCAGAAAUACCGGAGGAAACCAAUGUCAGUUGAAGAGAUGGAGUACAUCCAACGUGGAGGUCCAGAGUAACACAGAAGAUGGUGAUGUUAGCUACUGCUCAACAGCAAAUUAUUGUAUUCACAAUAAAGGCCUUCUUCUCUGAAUGUUAUAAUUGUCAAUAGACAAAUCGCUUUAUUAAAGGCCAAGCACAAGGAAUGAGAAGGUAAAUGCUUCAGAAAAUGGCUGUGUCUCAGAAUAGAAGACAAUUCUGUUGAAGUAACUAUUUGACUUCACUUUAUAUAAAUUACACUAUUAAAUUUUUUUUCAUUCUACA